CAUGAUGGAAAAUUACCAAGCACAUCUGCCGAGAAAAAACAAUUCAAACAACUUAUUGAGAAUGGUAGGCGGAAUGCUGAUGAAGAAAAUUUUAAUGAGGCAUUGGCUAAUGCGUGGAGAGCCUUUACCCCUACUAAAGUAACAAGCCAAGUUCAAGAAAUAUUUAAUGACCCAGAAUGUGAAUCUAUAACUGCAAAUUCCUCUAGCUUUUGGAUCAUUACGCGUGCUAUUCGUGAUUUCGUUACGAAUGAAGGUCAAGGAUUAUUACCUUUGGCUGGAGCUGUUCCUGAUAUGAAGGCUGAUACUUCUACAUAUGUCACAUUGCAAACUGUGUAUGCAACAGAUGACUUUUAA